UGUAACUUUGUAAUACAGCUGUGAGACUUUUAAAAACUUUAAAUGUUCCAUUUAGAAUUUGUUGUAUGUUUUUAAUCAAUGAAACGAGAAGUUAACGACGUGAAAAAUUUUACGAAUCUAAAACCACUAAAAAAUGAAGCAGCAGCGGAAAAAAAUUAAAUUUUCAACCGAAAGUGACAUUUCUGCCGAAGGGUCUAUAAAAAUGCUGUUGAAAGAGGUUAAUGACUCGAUCAUAAAAAGAUUAGAAAGUAUUGAGGAACGUUUAGAUGUACUGGAUGAAAAGUUUGAUGUUUUGGAAGGAAAGUUGGAAAUGAUAUCUUAUCUUUUUAAAAAGUCUGAGUAUAGUUUCAGACAGUAUGGCUCCACCAAUAUCAUCAAAAGUGACUUUUAUAGCAUUAAAUUCAGAAGGUAAUUAUCCAUAUGGCUCUUGGCUUGGUGAUCCGAACAACCCUGAAUGCCGUGUUCGAUGCCAUAUAUUGCCCAGUGAACUUCUUCACAUAAAUGACUCUUGUAAUACUGCUGAAAAGAUGGCCUUGACACUACUUGAUUACUUGUUUAAUCGAGAAACUCUAGCAUGCUCCAAUAUUUCUGGGAUGGGAAAGCACAAAAAGAAACAACUUGAUCCCCUACUAAUUCAUGGUAUUAAAUGUCAUUUAUCAGUACAUUUUAAUAUAACUGAAAAGGACUGGAGCAAAAUAAAGCAAAAUAUCGAUUCCAAAUGCCGCUCAGCAUUUAGAAGGUUGAAAGGUUUAUGUGUUGAGUCCACAGAUGCAAGUGACUCAACUAGAAGUGAUCAUUCUUUGAACAAUACCACUACUGAAAAGAAUGAUAGUAUGACUCAAGAUUCUGUUCCAACCUGUGAAUCAGAUUGUAUAGUUUUAAAAGAAGAGGUCAUUUUGUAAGAAAAGUGCUGUAAACAUUACAUUAAAUAAUGCC